GGCGGGGAGAAAGUUGCAGGGACACAAUCACAGAACUACAGGAGAUGUGAACAUAGCAACAAAGUUUCCCUUCACUGGGGAGAAACAUCACUGGAAACCACAAUACAAACCAAAAGCAACACUGGAGAGCACAGACAAAGGACAUCAAGGGUCAGAAGAUUAGAUCCCAGGAAUCACAAGGUGGGGGUGGAGUGUGCCAGAGGAACCCAAAUAAAAAUAAACCAAGACCUAGCCAACAUAACAAAAGCUCAGCCCAAGUCAGUGAGGGGGAGGAAAGGGAAGCAAGAAUGUGACCUUCCCCAAAAAGUGAUGCUCCCUGUGUGUGCGCCCGGACAGUGCGCUGCUGCUGCUGUGCCGCACGGUGCAGGGGAGACAGAGCACUUGGCGGAGUGAGGCAGCUAAUUGCUGGAGCCCAUCCCUCAUCUCCAUAUGCAGUCUGUGUCCGCUGGCCCCGAGCCAAUCCCCUCUCACCCCCGCCGCUAAUCGCGAUGCAUUAUUCACAAUCACAAUUAUAUACCGACAUGCGCAAUCCGCGCCGCACCGACACCAGCUAAUUUCCCUAAUUUUGCAACUCGACUAUUUGUGAACAAUUUUUUUUUUAUUUGCCACUGAUGUAUCUGCAAAAAAGCAGAAAGCAGUCCCAGUUCCCAGCAGCAGCAGCAUGUCUCGGCGAAAGCAAGCCAAGCCCCAGCAUCUGAAAUCAGACGAGGAGAUCGGGACUGAGGUGCUCCCUGACAACGCAGUACCUGGGGAAGGACCAGAUGAUGGUGAUAGCGGGAAUGAAAGCCGAAGUGGAAGCGAGGAAACCAAUGUUUGUGAAAAAUGCUGUGCUGAAUUCUUCAAAUGGACCGACUUCUUAGAGCACAAGAAGACAUGCACUAAAAACCCUCUAGUGUUGAUUGUUAAUGACGAUGUAGCAGCAGCCGCUUCAGAAGAGUUUCCUGAGCCUUCACCCGCAAGCUCUUCAAGUGAUCACGCAGAGAGUGAGACUGCAGAGGAAACUGUCCUGGUAGAAAAUAAUGACAUUUGUGAUACAAAAGAAAUAGAAAAGGAAGAGGAACCCAUGGAGGUUGAAACCACUGAAGAAAAAACCUUCCCAAGUCAAGAAGACUCAAGCACUGCUAAUCCUCUACCUCAGUUACCUGAUCCAUCUUCCAUCACUAAUUACAACAUGCCAAACACUAAUGUAACAUUAGAGACUCUGCAAAGUACAAAAGUGGCAGUAGCACAGUUUUCACAGAAUGCACGGUGCAUAGGUGGAUCCGGUGCUGCUACCGCAGCUACAGCUAUGGCAAUUCCUAUGAUUCUAGAACAGCUAAUGGCACUACAGCAGCAGCAAAUUCACCAGCUGCAACUUAUUGAACAAAUACGCAGUCAGGUGGCACUGAUGAAUCGUCAGCCACUACGUCCUCCAUUGACCUCUUCAGUUCCAGUACAAAAUCCUUCAAAUCCCUCACCCAGUCAGCUGCAGGGCUUUACCACACACUCAACCCUUCAGUUAACACCAGUAGUCCCAUCAACCCUUGCAGGACCAAUACCCAACAAUCAACCACCAUCAUUUGAGAACCCACAACAUACAUCACAACCUGCUUCUGGGGCAAGUACACCAAACAUACCAUGUUCUGUAACUUGUACACUUACUGAAGCAGUCACAACUUUAUCAACUAAUGCUAAGUCAGCAUCAGUAACACAUAGUCCUGUGUCCAAUACUAUAACUAGCUCAAUUCAUCCUCAAAGUUCCUCAACCCCUCCAUCCAUUGGACAUGGAAAUAUUCUUACUUCACCCUCCAGUCUGUCAAGCCCACUUCUACCUCAGAGUUCCUCAAAUAGUGUGAUCUUCCCCAAUCCGCUUGUCAGCAUAGCUGCAACAGCUAAUGCAUUAGACCCUCUUUCUGCACUCAUGAAACAUCGUAAGGGAAAGCCACCAAAUGUCUCAGUAUUUGAGACCAAGUCAACCUCUGAAGACCCAUUUUUUAAACAUAAAUGCAGGUUUUGUGCCAAGGUCUUUGGAAGUGACAGUGCUUUACAAAUCCAUUUGCGCUCUCAUACAGGAGAAAGACCUUUUAAGUGUAAUAUAUGUGGAAAUCGUUUUUCCACAAAAGGCAAUCUGAAAGUUCAUUUUCAGAGACAUAAAGAAAAAUACCCACAUAUUCAGAUGAAUCCUUACCCUGUUCCAGAAUACCUCGAUAAUGUCCCAACUAGUUCUGGAAUACCGUAUGGAAUGUCUCUUCCUCCUGAAAAGCCAGUCACAACAUGGUUAGAUAGCAAACCCAUAUUACCAACAAUUCCAACAUCUAUUGGGUUACAGCUUCCUCCCACAAUAUCAAGUAUUAACAGCUAUGGUGAUUCCCCAAGCAUUACCCCGAUGAACAGAUCCCCUCAAAGACUAUCACCUGCUUCCAGUGAAUGCAACUCUUUUUCACCAAGCAUAAAUCACUCUGAAUCCUGCAUGGUAACAUCUGCUGAAUCUCCACAAUCUGCACAAACAGUAACUAUUGCUGUCCCAAAAACGGAACCCAUUGUAUUGCCCCCUACAGCUGCAAGGACAGGUGAGCAACCUGUGAGUGGACAUAUAUCUUCUCCUGUCACCACAUCUAUUCCUACUCUUACAGAUACCAGUAUAUCAACAAGCCUCCCAAACAAUGUGCUUCCAUCUAUGUCUGAGCAGUUCAAAGCAAAAUUUCCAUUUGGUGGGCUUUUGGAGUCUAUGCAAACAUCUGAAACAUCAAAACUGCAACAAUUAGUUGAGAACAUUGAUAAAAAAAUGACAGAUCCAAACCAAUGUGUAAUUUGCCACAGGGUGCUAAGCUGUCAGAGUGCUCUUAAAAUGCAUUACAGAACACAUACUGGAGAAAGACCAUUUAAAUGCAAAAUUUGUGGACGUGCUUUUACUACUAAAGGCAAUUUGAAAACCCAUUUUGGUGUUCAUCGGGCAAAGCCGCCACUAAGGGUUCAACAUUCAUGUCCCAUUUGCCAGAAAAAGUUUACGAAUGCUGUAGUCCUACAGCAACAUAUCCGUAUGCAUAUGGGUGGACAGAUUCCAAACACCCCAUUACCAGAGGGCUUCCAAGAUGCAAUGGACUCUGAGCUUUCUUAUGAUGAAAAGAAUUUAGAAACAAUGAGUAAUUAUGAUGAUGACUUUGAUGAUAAUUCUAUGGAUGAAGAACUAGAUAUAAAAGACACAGUAAGUGACUCAUCUAAACCACUUAUACCAUACUCUGAGUCAUCGCCUGCUUCACCUCCCACUGUUAUUUCAAGUAUUGCGGCUUUAGAAAAUCAGAUGAAAAUGAUUGACUCUGUUAUGUGCGCACAGCAAUUUAUUGGUUUGAAAACCUUAGAAAAUGGGUCUGGGGACAGUGAUCAUUUAAGCAAUGAUUCUUCAUCUGCUGCUGGGGAUCUUGAGAGCCAUAGUGCAGGCAGUCCAGCAAUGUCUGAGUCCUCUUCAUCAAUGCAGGUUUUGUCACCUGUACAUAGUCAUAGCGAAAGCAUAAGAUCAAAAUCUCCACAUGUAAUUAAUCAAGAAGAGCCGCCAGAACUACAGCUUAAAAAAGAAAAGUCUGACAGCCCUUUACCUGCUUCUGAAAGUGAAGGUGCAUUGGAUCUGACAUCCACUAAUCCUGGGAGACCAAUCAUCAAAGAAGAGGCUCCUUAUAGCCUGCUGUUCCUGAGCAGAGAACGUGGUCCCAGCCAAACUACUACUAGCCUGGUCACCAGCACAGCGCCUGCCAUGAUCAAAAUGGAAGUGAAUGGUCACACCAAGCCGAUCUCAUUGGGUGAAGGUCCCCACCUUCCAGCUGGAAUCCAGGUUCCUGCUGCACCACAGACAGCGAUGAGCCCAGGCAUCACUCCUAUGCUGGCACCCCCACCACGACGAACUCCCAAGCAACACAACUGUCAUUCGUGUGGGAAGACCUUCUCCUCAGCAAGUGCACUACAGAUACAUGAACGUACUCAUACUGGUGAAAAGCCAUUUGGUUGCACAAUCUGUGGUAGAGCAUUUACCACAAAAGGGAACCUUAAGGUCCAUAUGGGGACUCACAUGUGGAAUAAUGCUCCUGCAAGACGUGGUCGGAGACUUUCAGUGGAAAACCCCAUGGCUUUGCUUGGAGGAGAUGCUCUGAAGUUCUCCGAAAUGUUUCAGAAGGAUUUGGCAGCUCGAGCAAUGAAUGUUGACCCUAGCUUUUGGAACCAAUAUGCUGCUGCUAUCACAAAUGGGCUGGCUAUGAAAAACAAUGAGAUUUCUGUUAUACAGAACGGAGGCAUUCCUCAGCUCCCAAUCAGCUUAGGUGGAAGCGCAAUCUCACCCUUAACCAAUUUGUCCAGUGGAAUGGACCGAACACGUACUGGCAGUAACUCUCCUCUCAUUAGUAUAGACAAAGUCGGCUCUGACUCCAUUGUAAAUCGACCAUUCACAAGGUUUAUUGAGGAGAACAAGGAAAUUGGCAUAAACUGAGUGCAGCUGCAAAAACUGUCUGAGCCACUUCUCUUUAAGUCUUGUACUAUUUGAUGUACAGUUUUUUUGAACAUGUAUUAUAGUGUCCUAACUGAAAUUCCUAUUGUUAUUCUCCCAUAACAGAAAUGCAUAGUCUUGUGGUUGCGGAAGAGAUGUUUUUGCAAGAUUGUGCAUGGUACCUUCUUUCGGCAGUUAAACUGACUGGAAUGGACUUUGUCCCCUUUUAACACUACUUAAAACCCAUUGGACUUCAAAUGUACACCGGCUACCCAUAGCUAUGUGUGUUUGAGAUUGAAAAAGAUUCAACUCAUGUAAAAACUGACUUCUUUGUCCAAAAUAUUUGGUUUUGUUUAAAUUAGAUAUAAUCUUGAAGUCUGUUUGUAAGGAUUCUAAUACAGUGCUAAAUAAUCAAUUUAGUAUUCCAAAAUACAGUGUAUUAUUAAAGUAUUCCUUGUCUGUAGUAUUUAUAACAACAUUAUGCGGGUACUCAAGAGGAAACAAUCCCCAUCCUUCAAUUAAAUUUUGUACAGCUAGGUACAUUUUAAUUUGUGACCUUUCUUAGCAAGUUUUGUUUGCUACAAUCCGGUGGUGUUUAUUCCAAUGCAGGCAAAAUUGUGACAUUUUAUUUGGGAAGAUAGCAUGCUUUACAUGUGCGAGUAUCUGUCUGUAACAAAUCCUUUUAUUUAAAUAUUUGUAGCUGCUAUGUGGACAGUCAUUCAAUAUACAUGAGAAAAUGUUGUGUGGAGAAAUAGUUUAACGGUUGAAAAACCACUUACAGACACACUUUUUCACUCUAAAGUAUUCACAUCAUAGGAAGCUGUGAAUAAAAAAUCUCCAUGUUAACUUCACUGUACAAUAAAAGGUAAUGUUUGUAUAAUGUGCUUGCAAACUCUUAAUUUAUACUAUUGCACUUUUGGUAUUUUGUACUAAAUUGUCUAUUAUUUGAAAAACAAAAUGAAAAGAUAUGUAAAUUGUUUAAAGAUGCUUAUUGGGCCAAACAAAGAAAAAAAAAUCUUAUUACAGUUCUCCUGUCUUAAUAAUAUUUUGUCCUAUUCCAGCUUGUGCAGAAAAUUCAGUCAAUUUAAAAUUGGUUUGCAUAUGCAGCAGAGCACUUCUAAAAUGAUAAAUAUUUAACAGUAAGCACAAUACAAUUCACCUCAGGUGGGACAGAUGUGCAUUUAAUUGAACAAACUGAACUACUUGCUCUAAAACAGUGGUUCUUAAUUUGAGUCAGCACCCUAAAAAUCACAGAACUAACUUAUUUAUAAUCAAAUGCUUGAGCUAUUCAAAGACGAGUUUUGAAAACGAGUGUAGAAAGAUUUUUGCUUCUUUAGUUCUGUGUAACUAUUUUUGUAUUUUUUAUGGUCUUUACCUAUUAUACAAGCUCCAGGUAAUUAAAUCACAUAAAAUUUUACUUAAGCACAAAUGCUACCCAUGAUAUUGUAGAUUCUUUGCAUUAUCUACAUCAAUAAGUUGGAAUAUACCCAUCAAUAUGGUGAAGAUAUGGACUAGAUAUGUCUUAUGUGCUACCUCAUUAAAUGCAUUGACCAAAUCUGAUUUGAGGGGGGUAUCAACAAUGAAGUAUUAUAAAAUACAUUUGGCGGCACAUGACAUUUUAACGCAGUACAGAUUAAUAAAGCCAUUUCAAAUGAUGUUUUGUAUCUAAAGCAUUAGUUGCCUUCAAAUUUAAAAUGUACAAUCCCUACUAUCUAUUGUAUUUGUUGUUAAAAAAAAAUAGAAUAAACCAAUAAAAAUAAAUUAUGUGGCACUGUAGCGCCAAGAAGCUCUUAUGUAAUAUAAGAAGAUUAUUAGCCUAGUGGCUAUUUAAAAAGAGGUAAAAAGGUGGCUUGUCGUGGCUAUUUUCCAGCACCAGAAUGUUUUAUUUUAUUUUCAAUUCUCUGUGGGUGUUUGGUAUUUUUUAUUGUUACAUCUGCUAAUUGAAAGAUGUGUUUUAUUUAAACAAGGGAUGUAAAAUGUUGUAUAUAAGAUGGUUGAUAUAAGACUGAUGGGGUCAUUGUAUAAUUAGAGCUAGGUCUUACUUCCUGUGUGGUGAUUGGAAAAAAACAACAUAUUUUUAUACUGCAUUACCACGCAGAAGUGAGAACCUGCUUGAAACAACUGGGCCUAGAAGCAAAAAUUCCUAUUUUCUACUAUUCCAUCUUGCGGACUUGAACCACACACUGAUCUAAAUUGAUGUCUUAGUUUAGACUAUUUUCUGUGACAUGGAAUUGAAUAAA